CCUGUCGAGGAUACGGCGGCAGCAUGGCGAUCAAGGUGAUCGUCCUUGCGGCUCUGGUGGCGGCGGCCUGCGGCCAGCGCGGCCAGGACUACGAUGGCUCGAGUGGACAAGGCGGUGGCUACAGUGGCAGCCAUGGUGGACAAGGCGGCGGCUACAAUGGUGGUCAGGGCAGCGGCUACAGCGGCAACCAGGGCGGACAAGGUGGCGGCUACAGUGGUGGUCAGGGCAGUGGCUACAGUGGCAGCCAGGGCGGACAAGGUGGCGGCUACAGUGGUGGCCAGGGCGGCGGCCAGAGCGGCGGACAAGCCCCGCAAACCUACCUCGUCUCCAGCUACCGCUACGGCCGGCAUCGGCCCUUCACCAUAAUCCCGGGGCGCGACAAGGACAGCGCGGCCGGCGGCGGCGCCGGCGGGCGUUCGUCCCCGGGCUACAACGGUCCCAGCGCCGGUGGCUACUCGCCAGGCUCUGCUGCCUCCAUCGCGGCCCCCUCGAGGGAGACCUACAGCUCUGGCGCAGGGGCAGGGCGCAGAGGAGCCGCCGGCGCCGGCGGUGGGGCCCCACACGACCUCGGCGGCGGGUACCAGAAUCGCCCCGGUACCGGCGGCGGGGCUCCACACGACCUGGGCGCGGGUACAGCGGAGGCGCGCAAGGUUAUGGCGGUGGUCCCACUCACGCACCCACUCGAGGUGUGCGCGGCGGGCCGGCGGCAGGGUUCGCCGGCGCCGGUCGGGCUCCGGGAGGAGGUGCACAGGGAUACAGUGGCGCCCCCACUCACGCACCCGCUCGAGGUGUGA